AUGCAUAGGUUGCGAAUCGUUUUGCGGCAAACUGUUGCGUUGCUUUCGUUUCUACUGACUGGAUGGCCGAUGCAGUCGAAAAAUACUGAUACUCGGAGUAUGGCAUCCAGAUACCUUGGUUUUGGCAGCAGGACCUUGGGCUGGCAGCAUGUAGUGUCUAUUUUAGCUAAGCAUCUGAUGCUCAACAGCAGGGUUGUUGGGUCAGGAGCACAGUUAGGUCUAGUAACCAAGUGCGAUUUGGAAUAUGACGUUGCAGGCGCCCACCACUUUCCCACACCAGCCCCGGAGGUUGAAUUGGUGGCCCUCCACCAGUUGAGCGGAGGGGAGCAUCAUCAGCACCACCAUCAUCGUCAUCAUGCGACCCAAGCUAACCGAUCUGCCCACCCGAUCCCUCCAAGCAGGAUACACCUCCGAUCUGGCGUUCAUCAGCUUUAUCCACGACAGAUAAGGUGGGAUGAAGAGAAGAAGCGUGACUCUGACUUCCUCCGCCCGACGGCGCCGGGCUUGGCGGAGAUUUUGCGAGUUGAACGCGCCCUGGGCGAACCUAUUCAUUGUUGCUGUCUGAUUGUGCCUAUUGUGCUAGGUGACUUUUUGCACCUGCAAUAUCUUUCCCACUUUCCCCUGUUACUGAUUCUUUCUGAAAUUCUUGGACCUACACUGUAUCUGAGUCUCUUUGUGAUUGAGGUGGGGGUUUUUGAGAAAUUACUCAUCGGUCGAUCUACAUACCGUUCCUGA